AUGAUCGACUCUGCAGCAAUGAGCGGCGCUCCGGUCGCCGAGGAUAACAUCAUCAAUCGGCGUGGUGGAGAAUCCAUUUAUCAGAGUUGUGUCAAUUUGAAGAGGCGGCUCUCGGAAGUGCCCAGCUUCGAACCUUUUCUCCAGGAGAUGGCCGAGGAGGAUCGCGAACGGGGUAACACCGACCCUGUGUCGUCGUUGUGGAACUGUCUCCGAGCCGGGUACCCGCUACUCAGUAUCUAUAAUGCUUCUGGUCCGGAUGAUGAGCUUAUUGUCGACCCCGUCAAAGUCCCCGAAGCGAAACGACCUAAAGCGGCAACCUUCAAGUUCUUGCAGGCAUGUCUGCAGGACCUGGCCUUCCCCCAGCAAGAUUGUUUCCUGAUCACGGAUCUAUAUGGUGAGAGCACGACUGGUUUCAUCAAGGUCAUCAAAAUGGUGAAUCGCGUGGUGGAUAUACUCGAGAUGCAAGGCCAGUUGAAGCGUCCGUCAGUGGCAGACGCGCCGGCCGGUGUGCAAGCAACCGUGAAGCUUACCAAGCGAGAACACAUUCUCAAGGAGCUUUUGGAAACGGAGCGCGACUAUGUUCACCAUCUUCAGAAUCUACAGGCAUUGAAAAAAGAGUUGGAAGAGACAGGAGCACUGACUGGAGAUGCGAGUCAUCAGAUUUUUCUGAACCUCAACAACCUCCUUGACUUUGCGCAGCGAUUCUUGAUUCGGAUGGAGCAACACUAUGCUUUGCCGGAGGACAUGCAAAACUGGGGCAGCCUCUUUGCCUUGCACGAAGAAGCCUUUCGACAGUAUGAACCUUUCAUUGCAAACCAGAUGCGUUGCGACGAAGUCUGUAUCCAGGAGUGGGACAAAAUCAAGGUGGCUCCGCGUCACAUAGACCUUCAACAAAUGGUUGCGCAACCAAAAACACUCAAUGGAUUCUUUGUUAAGCCCUUCCAGCGCUUGACUAGAUACCCGCUUAUGUUGUCGGAGCUUCGCAAGCAAUUAGAAGAUGAGCAACUUCAGGCCGACAUCUCCCACGCCAUCAAUACCAUUCAGAAUGUGCUGGAUUUUGCCAACGAGGCAAUUCACAAGGAGCACUUGGCUGCGGCGGUGGUAGAUCUAUCAGAGCGAGUAGAUGACUGGAAGACUCUGAAAAUGGACGCUUUUGGUGAUCUGCUCCGCUUUGGCACAUUCGCCGUGGUCAAGGGAGACAGUGGCAAGGAUAAUGAGAGAGAGUACCAUAUCUUUCUAUUCGAGCGCAUUCUUCUGUGCUGCAAGGACAUCAACCCGAACAAACAGAAGACCAAGCUCAUGAUGAACAAAGACAAGCCGACCCUUUCAGCUAAAGGAAAGGCCCGUCUUCAAUUGAAAGGUCGAAUCUACAUGGCCAAUGUCACGGACAUUGUCUGCCUUCAGAAGCCUGGCCUCUAUCGUAUCCAGAUCUUCUGGAAAGGCGACCCGGGUGUUGUCGACAACUUCAUCAUCCGCUACUCUAAUGAAGAUACCAUGAAGAACUGGUACAAAGAUAUCGAUACCCAGCGGACAAUUCAAGCAGAGCGUCGCACUCUUCGAAACACUGGUACCUCGGACAGCGAGUUCACAUACAUGGAGGGGAUGGUGGCACACAUGCCUAAUCCUUACCAGGCAGAGUAUGAUCAAGAUGAUGUCGGUCGAGAUGGACAGUACCACUCUGAAUUCUCAAUGAGUCGAAAUGCCUCUAGCACUAGUCUAAGAACUCGGUCCGCCACCGGAGGUAGUACCAACUCCGUUCCUCACUCAAAUGGUCGAACCCGCUUUGGAGGUGCCGAUCCGUCACUCUCCGUGCAUACUCAGCUCCCUGGCAAUAUGUCACCUGGUGACCGCAACAACAUGAACUCAUACUUCUCGCCCAUAGAAACUCCAUCUACCCGAUCCAGUUCCCAAUCUGGAUUUUCUUUCGGACGUCAAAAUACCAACUCGACAGGGGCUUCGCCUGGUUGGAACGAGGAGGCCCAUCGCUACACUGCGCCUGCCUUGUCUCGCGGUGUCUCCAGAGAUGGCUCAACCCCGACGGGUUACUAUCCUCCCCCAACCAAUGGACGAGCUGCCCAACGUCCCUCUUUGCCCCCUAUGUCCGGGUCACAGGGACCUUCCUCUGCUAACGGCACUGCCCAGCGCAUGCGUUCUGCCAGCAGCCCUGAUAUUCAUAAUAACAUUAAUGGACCGCCUGAGACACGUCGGUAUAUGGGCGUGCACACCAUGCAGACUGUGGACAACGUCCCAGUACCCCCGAUUCCCGCUCAUAUGGCGAACAUGAAGGCCCCGGUCAAUCGAAGCCAGAACAACUCCCCUACAAGUCAAAUUCCUCUACGCACACAGCCACCCAAUGUCCACACAACGCAUUUCACCGAUCCAGAGUACAAUGACGCUCGCGGCUCAGGCCAACUCUCAGAUCCCGCCACGUCUCCCUUGACCCAGGAAGAAGGCCUAGACGAGAUUGAUCCAUACAUGCCGACGCAACUCAAAGCGAAGGUGAACUUUGAGGAGAACUACGUCACGCUGGUGAUUGCAACCAACAUUCUCUUCCGUUCCCUGACGGAUCGCGUGGAUGCCAAGCUAGCUCGGUUCACCAACCGAUCUAUUGGUAACAAGACCGUCCGCCUGCGAUACCGCGACGAAGACGGCGAUUACGUCACUAUCGACAGUGACGAGGCCGUACAGCUCGCAUUCAUGGAAUGGCGGGAGCAACACCGCGACAUGCUCGCGAAGGGUUUGGUUGGUGAAAUCCAGCUUUACUGCCAGGUGGUCGACUAG